AUGGAUGAUGGAGUGGUCUUGAAGAAACGAGGCUAUACCUUGGGGGUCAACCUGGGAGAGGGGUCGUACGCCAAGGUCAAGUCUGCCUAUUCCGAACGCCUGAAGACUAACGUGGCUGUUAAGAUCAUUGAUAGGAAGAAGGCGCCCACUGACUUCCUGGAGAAGUUCCUUCCCCGCGAGCUGGAGAUCUUGGCCAUGCUCAACCACCGCUACAUCGUCAAAACCUUUGAGAUCUUUGAGACUUCCGAUGGAAAGGUUUACAUCAUCAUGGAGCUGGGCGUGCAGGGAGACCUGCUGGAGUUCAUCAAGACCAGGGGUGCCCUGCCGGAGGAGGUGUCACGCAAGAUGUUCCGCCAGCUGGCUCUAGCCGUCAAGCACUGUCACGAACUGGGUGUCGUCCACCGGGAUCUCAAGUGCGAGAAUCUCCUCCUGGACAAGGACUUCAACGUCAAACUCUCCGACUUUGGCUUCGCCAAGCGCUGCAGUACAGAUGACCAAGGGAGACCCUUGCUCAGUAAGACCUUCUGUGGUUCUGCAGCGUAUGCAGCCCCCGAGGUUCUACAAGGCAUCCCUUACCAACCCAAAGUGUAUGAUGUUUGGAGCCUUGGGGUGAUUCUUUUUAUCAUGGUGUGCGGAUCAAUGCCCUAUGACGACUCCAAUAUCAAAAGGAUGCUCAGGAUACAGAAGGAACACAGAGUGGACUUCCCCCGAUCAAAGGUUGUGCCUCCAGAUUGCAAAGAGCUGAUCUACCGCAUGCUUCACCCUGACACAAGCAAGCGUCUCACCAUCGACGAGGUCUUGGAGCACCCCUGGCUCUUCGCCAGCAAAAUGAAGGAUUCUUCGGCAUCCAAAAAAUUGGAAGCAGCCUCGGAGAAGCACGGGCACAAGAAGGACGAGAAGCACAAUGGCAAGAGCGAGCAGAAGCGCGAGCAGAAGUACCAGUGGGAGCUGGAAACAGGGCACGAAUGGGUGGACAUGAAACACGAGGCGAAGCACGAGUGGAUGAACAUGAAGCGGGAGAAGGUGGAUGGCAAGCAGGAGGAGCAGGUGCCGGUCGACAGUGAACCCUUGCCCACAGGAAGGACUGAAGAGGAAAUGCACCAGCAAAAAGGGGGUCCGAAAUCAGAAUACAAGGAAGGGACUAAGGUGGGCACGAAGCAGGACAAGUCCAAGACAGAAGGUGAGAUUAGUGGCAAGUUUGGGGAAGCAAAGAUGGAGCAAAAAGCCAGCCGGCGCAAGUCUAGGAGCCUGAGGCUGACCAACGAGGAUCAGCCGGAUGACAGCGAAGUUUACCCCGACCAGGAGAACUUCGUCGAUGCGCAGAGCAAAGCAGAGCUGAAAAAAGUGAGUUCGAAAAGGUCAAAAUCUGUCGAAAAGAAGGGCAAACAUUCGAGCAAAUCCCGCACCUAG